AUGCUCAAAGAUUUCUUUUCAUUGGAGAGUCUUGGAAUAGUUCCAGUUCAACCUCAAACAACAAUGUCAAAUGAAGACAAACGAGCCCUUCAUAUCCUGGAGUCAGAAACCAAACGUGUGAACAACCACUUCGAAACAUCGUUGCUCUGGAAGUACGAUCACGUGCAACUUCCCAAUAGUCGGCCAAUGGCAAUUCGUCGAUUUGAAUGCCUACAAAAGAAAUUAAGACGUGAACCGUCAUUGAGAGAGAAUUUAAAACACCAAAUUAACGACUACCUUUCUAAAGGAUACAUUCGGAAGCUGACCCCAGAAGAACUACACGAAGAUCAUUCCCGCAUUUGGUAUCUGCCUAUCUUCCCAGUCACGAACCCUAACAAACCGGGAAAGAUAAGGCUAGUCUGGGACGCGGCAGCCCAGGUUAACGGAGUUUCGUUGAACUCGGUUCUACUCAAAGGACCUGACCAGUUGACUUCAUUGAUGGGAGUCCUCUACCGCUUCAGAGAAGGAAAAUUUGCCAUAUGUGGUGAUAUUCGUGAGAUAUAUCAUCAAGUUCUCAUCAGAAAUGAAGACCAACAUGCCCAACGAUUCUUGUGGUCCCAAGACGAUUCCCAAUACGAGCCAGAUACUUAUGUCAUGCAGGUAAUGACAUUUGGUGCAACAUGCUCUCCUUCCUCUGCACAGUACGUAAAGAAUAAGAACGCUUUAGAGUUCCAAGAAGCUUAUCCGAGAGCUGUAAGAUGCAUCACAACAAAUCAUUAUGUUGAGGACUUGCUCGAAAGUGUUGAUACGGAGGCCGAAGCACUUCAAUUGGCAACUGAUGUUUCGAUGAUUCAUAAACACGGUGGCUUCGAAAUCGGCAAAUGGAUUUCCAACUCAUCCAAAGUCUUAACGCAACUAGGAGAAAGUUCAACGACGAGCCAACGAAAUCUCAACAUAAGCGACGCUGAAACAGCCAAGGUACUAGGUUUGUGGUGGUGCACUUCCACAGACUCUUUCAAGUUCAUAUUAAAUCCAAUCAACAAUGGCAUGCUGCAGACGAACCGCAGGCCGACAAAGAGGGAAGUGCUCCGUGUACUAAUGUCAAUCUUCGACCCAUUAGGAUUGAUAGCAAAUUACACGAUCUACUUGAAGAUACUGCUGCAAGACAUUUGGAGAACACCAGUUGAAUGGGAUGAACCCAUAGGCGAUGAACACUUCACGCGUUGGCUACGAUGGAUCAAGCUUCUGAAACAAAUUGAAAUUAUUUCCAUUCCUAGAUGCUACUUGGACAAACUAAAAUUUGACGAUGAUAGUGAAACUCAAUUGCAUAUAUUUGUCGAUGCAAGUGACAAAGCGUAUGCCGCCGUUGCUUACAUCAGGGUGAGCUCAGGAGGCAAAGUCGAAUGCAGAUUGGUAGGAGCAAAGUCACGAGUGGCACCACUGAAGUUGGUUUCAAUUCCUCGACUCGAACUAGAAGCGGCGAGACUUGGAUGUCGUUUUUCCGAGUUCAUAAAAGAAACCCAUUCUAACAAAUUAUCACGUUCGUACUUCUGGACAGAUUCACGCACCGUCUUAUGUUGGAUACGUUCAGAUCAUCGUCGCUAUCGCCAAUUUGUUGCCUUUCGUGUGGGAGAAAUAGUUGAAAAUACGAACAUCAAUGAUUGGAGAUACAUACCAACUAAAGUGAACGUUGCAGAUGAAUGUACUAAAUGGCAAAAAACUCCAACAUUCGAAUCAUCCAGUCGGUGGUACAUUGGCCCUUCGUUUUUAAAACAUCCAGAAGAAGACUGGCCAGAUGACAUCCCAAAGACUAUCACAACAGAUGAAGAAGUCAAGAGUAAUCUGUCGAAAAGAAACAAAGUGCCAAAACGUUUGGGAAUAAUUUCGAAAGAUGAGUACCAAGAAGCUGAAAACUAUCUUUAUCGCCAAGCACAACUGGAAUCAUAUGCCAAAGAAGUAAGAAUUCUCGAGGCCAAAGACAACUUACCAUAUAAAGAGGGAAAAGGGCUUGAUGCAAGUAGCAACAUUUAUACUCUUUCACCGUAUUUAGACAACGACAAGAUCCUUCGCGUUCGUGGACGAAUUGAUGCUGCUGUUGGGGUAUCACUAGGCAUGAAAAGACCGAUUCUUCUCGAUAGACAGACUUACCUCACCGGUCUUAUUAUUCAACACUAUCAUGAGCAAUAUCAUCAUUUGAAUAAUGAGACAGUAAUAAAUGAGUUACGCCAAAGGUUCUGGAUACCAAAUAUACGUGUCGCUGUUAAACAUGCAAUCAAAAACUGCCAGAUGUGCAAGAUUAAGAAAGCAGUUCCACAAGCACCGAUAAUGGGAGAUCUUCCAGCAGCAAGGCUCUCAACAUUCUCUCGGCCUUUUUCAUUUUCCGGAAUCGACUAUUUUGGCCCAAUGACAGUUGCAAUCGGAAGACGAACUGAGAAACGCUGGGGUGUGAUUAUCACUUGCCUAACAACACGAGCCAUCCACAUCGAACUGGCAAACAGUCUCUCGUCUGAUUCUUGCAUAUUGGCCAUAAAGCGUUUCACAGCUAGACGUGGAAUUCCAUUAGAAUUCUUCAGCGAUAAUGGCACUAAUUUCCACGGAGCUGACCGUGAACUUCAGCAAGCGGCAAGUAUAUCACAGAGCCUGGCUGCAGAAUUUACCUGUUCUACCAAAAAAUGGACUUUCAUUCCCCCAUCAUCGCCUCACAUGGGAGGAAGUUGGGAGAGAAUGGUUCGAGCAACAAAAACUGUGCUGAAACAAGUUAUGCUAACACGCUAUCCAUCUGAUGAACUUUUACAUAGAAUGAUGAUCGAAGUUGAACGAAUCAUUAAUUGCCAUCCGUUGACAUACGUUCCAGUAGAAACUGACAAUUAUGAGGCGUUAACACUAAACCAUUUCCUUCUUGGAUCAUCCGAUGGAAGCAAAGUUGACAGUAUACCAACUGAAGAAGGAAUACUCUUGCGAAAAAAUUGGAUGAAAGUACAGCAAUAUGCCAAUAUCUUCUGGAAGCGAUGGAUCAAUGAGUACCUUCCUACUCUCACCCGCAGGACUAAAUGGCAUGCACCAACAAAACCCAUUGAGAAGGGAGAUAUUGUUAUCGUCGUAGAUGAUUCUAACCCGAGAAAUCUGUGGCCGAAAGGACGAAUACUGGACACAGUCAUCAGCAAGAAUAGUGGACAAGUCCGACAAGUUACCGUACAGACAAAUUCUGGAAUCUACGUUCGCCCAGCAGUUAAAAUAGCCGUUCUUGAUGUUUUUAAGGAUGGUAAGCCAACGAAGGACGUCGUCGUACCGGAGGGGAGUGUUGGCAAUACUGCCACCACAUCAAAAACGCCACCAAGCAGAGAACUUUUGAACCUCCAGCUGAUAUGA